AUGUUUAUCAAAAAAGUUUGCUUGGUCUCAGCUAUCUUCGCUCUCACUUCUGCCGCUCCAAAAAGGAUAUCCAGGUCGACAGUACCAAUUUGGCAUAUGCCAUGCGGCGAAGAUUCCGAUCUGGAAAUCACUUCAUCGGAGCAUUUGGAGGAAGACAUAAAGUCCAACUUCGAGAUUCUUAGAUUGCAGCAUCAGCUGACAAUGAAUGACUACUUGAAUCGAGACUAUGAAUACUUGUACGAGAGAGUUAGAAUCGGCAUACGCGAUCACCAAUACAUACCCAACUGGGUGCCCGGCAAAAAGGACACGAAUCUUGUCAGAAGAUUGGCUGAUGCUAAUUCUCAAACGAUUGUUAACCAUUUCCCGAAAUUGCACAUGGAUCUUCAGAAGUUUGCCGUGGCGUUCGAGGAACUGAUCGAAGAUGAGCCUGACUCUCAUAUUCAAAACGCUCUUAGAACGACUCAAUCGUACUUGAUGAUGAUGCUAUGCGAAGUUGAAAGUCACAUUAUCGCUCUGCCGUUCUUACGACUACCGACACGCGUGGAACGAAACAUCAUGAGCAGUAUCGAGCGAAACCCCGUUGAUGACACGAGAAGACUCGUCAGGGACUGGGGCGUACUUCUUAAAUACCGAGACUAUCUACAUGCUUGGAGGCAUGUAUUUAAUUAUUAG